AGCAGAAGUUGAUUAUAAAAUGUCCAAAAAUGCGACACGAACGAGCAGCAAGACGAACGCCAAAACGGAAAUACCUAGGAAGGCAACCAAAUCGGGGGCAACAAGUGGGCCAGCACCCACAAGGGAAUCAAAGGAUCGAAGGGCUCUGGUUAAACAACCCAAUAGCUUGGAAGGUGAAAAAAUUGCCAGGAAAACCACAACAACAACAACAGCGCAACCUUCGACCAGCAAAAAGCCAUUGAGCACGGGAAAAAACAAGGAAAGGGAGCCCUUGACCAAAAGGACGACUCCGUCCCCAGGAGCUUUGCGUGCAACCACUAGGCCACCGACCACAAACCCACCCCCAAAGACCAAGACUGUGUCUAAAACCAAACCAAAUGCAGUUCUGGACACUUACCACAGUGUUACGGUGGCUUCGCCACCGCAAAUGCGCAGGGAACAGGCAAAGCAGAAGGAGCAGUCCCCCACACCUCCUGCAAAAGGACAUUCACCUGUUGCUCAGGCAAAAAAAGCGCACGAAUCUCCCACUCCUCCUGCUGCCCCGGCAAGAACUAGAACCUUCACCCGCACUCUGGAUCCCGAAGAAGUGGUGGUCCUCAAGCGGGAAUCCGCCAAACAAAGAAACGAGAUAGAGCCCCAGGAGUCACCACCUGUGAAGCAGCCUGUGGCCUUUGAAGUUAAGUUUGAGGAAGCCAAAAAAUCGGAUCCGGAAUCCGAUCACUACUCCGAUGACUUUGAGUCGUACGAAUCGGAUUUCGAGACGGAUGCCAGCUCGCCGGGAGAGGAGGAAUCCUAUGAGCCAGAAGAAGCUUCUUCUUCGGAUGCAGAGGUCGAAGAAGAGGAGGAAGAGGAAUCGGAGCCCACCCAGAAUCCCAUCACGGUGAUCCAUCGCGACAAGGAUCAGGAGCGAAAGCUGGACUCCGGUCACUACGACAUGCGACUGCGCGGUAAAUCUAAUCUCAGCAGUCAGUCCACGCAGAACCAGUACGAUAGCUUCGAUACCAACUCGAUGGCCAACUCUGAGCAACUGGACUCCGGCAUCAGCACGACUGGCGUGGCGGAGAAGCCCCGCAGUGGAGAGGCCAACGUGUACUACGGUGGCUACGUUGGGUUCGUAUCCCAUCCCGUGAUCAGUCGCCGCGGCGAGGAGCUGAUGGCCAAGCUGCGCUUCGAGCAGCUCAACUACCACCUAUUCGAAAUGAAGCCCCUAAGCUACGAGGGCUUCAUGCAGAGCUAUGGCAAGCUGAAUGCCUGCCAAAUGGCCACGCAGACGCAGUCGCCCCAAAUGGACGGGGAGUGCCAGACGCUGGAGGUGCUCAGCCGGAGCAGCUGGACGCAGCAUCCACCGCACUACGGCGGACAGUUGGUGCUCAGCUGCAGUGGCGAUGGCGCAGAAGAGGAAGCUUCGAGUGCAACUCCAUCAGAUGAGUACGAAGCUAGCCUAUCGCGCUUGGAGCAACUGCAUCGGGAGGAGCAAACUCGCUCACAGGGCAUCCAACAAAAGAGGUUGGCCAAAACCACGGAUCUGGACCGUCUGAACGCGUUUCUGCACAAGGCUGCCGGGCUCAUGAGCAGGGUUUUGGAGGGCACCAAGAGCCCAGGCCCAAGCAGCAGUCCCAGAAAUAUUCCCCUCCAAACCGGACUUCUGAAUGCCCUGCCCGUGCGUCGAAUCUUCGGAAGUUCCGGAAACGGCCAACUGGUGGUAACCGUUCAUGAGUGUCCCAAAGAGAGCAACGUCUACAGCGAGGACUUUGCCAGCCUGCUGAUGGUGUGGUCCUUGGCCAAUCCGGGCCAGCCGUUGCGACUGCUCUCCACGUGGGCGGAGGUCAGUCGCGUGGCACUCUCCUGCGAAGCCCAGGACAUUGUGGUGGCUGGCCUCAGGGACGGCAGUCUGGCCAUGUGGGAUCUGCGCGAGACGCACAGUUACUGCUCCAAGCUGGACGGCCACCUGACCCACUUUGCAGCCACGCAGUCCGUGGUUCCCAUGCCGGAGCAGCCCAAUCAGCAGCAGCAGCAGGUGAACGCCAUGGAUCUGGGUGCCGUGGUGGAUGUGCGCAGCUUUCGGCCGCAGCACAAAGGUGGCGGAAUCGUUGCAGCUGGUGGCUUGCAGACGCCCUACAAGGAAGUCCAGUACGCUUCGCUGAACGACUCCGGCCUUUUGGCCAUGUGGACCCUGGUGGAGGGAGCCUCCUCCCACAAUGGCAACGAGUUCAGCUCGCCGUGGGCGCGGGUGAAGCUGCUGCAGAGCGCCAGAUGCGACUUGAGGAGCUACCUGGAGCGACGCCUGCUGAAGAGCAAUCAGAGUGGCUACGAGAAGACCAAGUCGCUGUUCCAGGGCAACAUCUACAGCGACGAUUUGCUGAGGGAGCUGAACGAGACGCAGACGCUGAGCACGGCUCUCCAGGAUCAGGGACUGCAGGGGCUGCGCUUCACGAGCAUCGACACGGGCAGCGAUCUCAUCUACGUGUGCACCAACCGCAAUUUUGUGCUGUGCUGCACGCGCAGCCUGAAGACGGAGCGCUUCUCGAGGAUCGCGGUGAACGAGAGUCGAUUCCUGUUCCCCACCUCGCUGUGUGUCCUGUCCAACGAGAGCUACGUGGCCGUGGGCCUGUCCAACGGCUCCGUGAUGAUACUCAACUGCAAUCAAAGGCAGACGCAGCGCCAGAAAAACAACCAGAGACCCACAACUGGGGUGCCGAGGGCCACAGAUCAACCGGAUCCGGAGACGGGCAAAUCCUGCGCCAUCCAGAACAUCAUACUCAACGAGCGGAGGUCUUUCGACCAGCAGGUGGCUCCCGAUUCCUCCUCCUUCGAUCCCCGGCCGAACACUGCUCUCGAGCAGAUUGAGCGACCCAGGCGAUCCUACGAGAUGCGGGUGUUCGACCAGCAGCUGCUCCUCAGCGGCAGCGGCCUGCGCCAGCACCUCGUCCAGGCUCUAAUCCUCUCCUGCGACGGCUGGCGACUCUCUGCCCUGACCAACGGCACUGUGCGCACCUACGACUUCUACCGGGACAGGGAGAUUCCCAGUGAGUGGGAGAGGGGUCUAAAGGCGAUGGAUAUUGCAGGGGCUCGCAGUUCGGGAAACGAGCAGAACCUGCUCAUCCUGGACUCCGCCGGAAAGGUGCAAAGGCUGCCUGCAUUUGACUACUAGCUUGUUAAAUAUUUUCUAAUUAUUUGUAUGCGUUUGUUGGAAACCUUUUUUAAAGCGAAUAAAGUCGAUCUA